CCGUUUUUUAUUUAUGUCGCACUUAUAUACAUGUAUCUGUACAGAAGGCAUAUGCGAAUAUGUGUAAUGACGCGUUUAGUUAGGGUUACAGCUUGCUGUUUGCAUCUGGAUGCAAGCGCAAUUUUAUCCCGUGAAAAUCUUGAUGAAUUUACGUUUUAAUACGAGUAUGUUUGUGAGUAAAACGCUGGAGUGCACGCCGCGGUCUCGGUGGAUUGGGGCAAUCUCUGCUUGGAUCCCAUUGUGCCGGCACUGGCUGUUUACUACCUGAGGCGUCGAUCACUGCUUCAUAAUGAUGCAAAUGAUACAAAUUAAUACUAAUUUUCUCCUACAAGCUUUGUGCAGUUCUCAAUCAAUCUCACUGCGAUGCUCACUACGCCCCUCUACUUUUAUGAGACAUCGGAAGUCCUUAUUACCUUGAACACCUUGGACUUCAAUCCUUCUCUCUGAAAUGAUGAAAUCUCACGCUGUCGUUAUUUUGGUGCUUGUCAGCUUGUUGUUCGGUUUUUCUCAGCGUUUUUAAGGUUUGUGGUUGACGACAAAUCCGUGGAUAUCGUCUUGACGUAUCCCUUCGAUAUUUGAAUGCUUUGGCUAUAAUAAGGAACCCGUACCUUUAUUGGUGGCACUGUUAAUUGCUGAAAUGGAUGAGCUUCCUGGAUAUCCUCCGUGGAAUAAAGGAGCUGAUGUGAAAACCCAUUCAGGUCUUCCGCCCUCUUCUCCCACCCCCAGCGCCCCCCUCUCCUCUCCUCCUUCGGCCCCCACCAGUGCCCCCACCCCCACUCCCCCGCCUCCCCAACCGACACCCCCACCGCCUUCCGCCCCACCACCCUCCAGUCGCAAGGCCGCCGCUGCUGCCAGCGCUGCAUCCUCCUCCAGCAGCAGCAAAGGCGAGCGGAGCGAAUCCCUGCCCCUGCUCUCCAAGGAGAAGAUCGAACAGAUCGCCCACACCGUCGACCCGCAUCUCAAACUGGACCCCGACGUACAGGAGUUCCUGCAGCAGUACGCCGGGGAGCUGGUGGAUGAGUUGGCCGGGAUGUCGGCGCGACUGGCGCAGGCGCGAAAGAGUAAAGUCCUGGAGGUGCAGGAUGUGCGCUUCUAUCUGGAGCACAACUGGAAUAUCUUCAUUCCCGGGUUUGGAGCGGAUCCGGUGAAAGCCAAACGGAAAAUUCCGGAGACGGAAGCCCAUAAAAAUCGGCAGGCGAUAAUUAAAAAGCAUCUCAAGAAGUUUUAAUGGACGACGCUGUUUGGGAAUUUUUUGUUCGGCGUUUCUGUGCACAGUAUGGACGCACUUAACGUGGAUGUAGUGCAGGCAGUGCCAGGCACCAAUUGUUUGUGUUUUUGCCGAUUGCAGUAUCGGGUAGUUUUUUUGCUUUUUUGCUGUAUUUUGCAAAAUGUUGAAAACAUCGUUUCUGUUUUCGGUAGCUCUUGUAUUAAUACCUCCCAGUUUAGUCGGGAAAUGAAGUUUUAAAGAAUGUCAAUUGUGUUUUUUAGUCGUCCUUUUUUUUAUUGAAAACAUAUUGUUAGUAAUUCCGAAAUUGCGAUAGCUGACAGCCUGACGCGAUUCACUGGUUUAAAAAAGAAGCGAAGU